AAAAAAAAAAGGACAGAGAAAAAGGACAGAGAAGCCAAAAGAAUGAAAAUGGGGAUAAAGAAAUCGGAGACGUUGACGCUGAUACUGGUGAAUCUGGCGGAAUAAUGGAGAGAGCCGACGAGUCACUUCUGCCCGGAGUGUACAAGGAGGUGGGGGCCGCACUCCACACGGACCCAACUGGGCUGGGCUCCCUCACUCUCUUCAGAUCCAUUGUCCAGACCUCCUGCUACCCUCUCGCAGCCUAUCUAGCCACCCGCCACAACCGCGCCCACGUCGUCGCCCUCGGGGCCUUCCUCUGGGCCGCCGCCACUUUCCUUGUCGCCAUUUCCUCCACUUACGUUGAGGUGGCUGUUUCAAGAGGUUUGAAUGGGAUAGGACUUGCCAUAGUCAUACCAUCCGUUCAGUCCCUUGUUGCAGACUCAACCGAUGAGACCAACCCUGGAACAGCUUUUGGUUGGUUACAAUUAACCGGAAACAUUGGGUCCAUCAUCGGUGGGCUUCUUUCAGUGCUGUUAGCCUCAACAUCUUUCAUGGGUAUCGCAGGUUGGAGGAUAGCCUUCCAUCUGGUUGCCUUGAUUAGUGUUGUUGUUGGUGUUUUGGUCCGUCUCUUUGCAAAUGAUCCCCGCUUUGAUGAAGCUACAGCUCAAAUUCCUCAUAAACCCUUCUGGACAGAAGUUAAAUACCUGAUUACAGAAGCAAAAUCGGUAAUCAAAAUACCAUCUUUCCAGAUAAUUGUUGCACAAGGUGUGGCGGGAUCUUUUCCUUGGAAUGCAUUGUCAUUUUGCCCUAUGUGGUUAGAGCUUAUUGGCUUCUCCCACAAGAAAGUGGCAUUUCUAUGGACCCUUUUUAUUAUUGCUGGUUCGCUCGGAAGUAUUUUUGGAGGGAAGAUGGGGGAUAUCCUCGGGCAACGCUAUCCAAAUUCUGGGAGGAUAGUUUUAUCCCAAAUAAGCUCCAGUUCGGCUAUCCCUUUAGCUGCAGUGCUGCUGCUACUAUUGCCUUAUGAUCCUUCCACAGCAUUCAUGCACGGUUUUGUCUUGUUUAGUAUGGGAUUAGUCAUGACGUGGUGUGCCCCAGCCACAAACAAGUAUGUCUCUUCAAACUCCAUGUUAUUCUUCCCUAGUUUCUGUGGACCAAAUAAAUGUAAAUAUGAGCUUUUAGGCAUACUCCUUUUGUCCUACUAAGAAGCACAUAUACGGACAUGUGACAAGGACACAUAUGCAGGCUGUGACUGUCAAGGGAAAGUGACAAAACCAGCAAGAUUGGAAAUAUGGGUAUACGUGUUUGCACCAUAUGGCUGAAACAUAUGCAGGCCGUGAGUACUGGCCGUCUGUCAGGAUAGCCUAUCAUUCCCUGCCUGAAGUAUGCUACCUAGAAUGUGAAUCAGUGUGAUACAUGGACCAGGAAUGGGAAUGGUGUAAACCCCAUGAUCCAACUAUUACAUAACCGUUGAAUACAUAGAGUACUCUUUUACAAAUUGGAUAAAUAACUGCUAAUGGUAUACUGUGCCACUGCUUGGAUAACAAUAGUCGGUUUGUUUACAAGUUAAGGUGGCUGUGCCCUGGUUAACUUCAUGCCAUUUUCAGUUUUCUUCUGAUCUUCUAAGCAAUUGAAGUUGAAGCAUAGCAGCAUUUUGUUGUUUUCAUGAAAAAAUGGUUGUGUUAAUUUGUAUGGAAAACAUUUUUUCUUUAUAAUAUAUGUCUACAAGAUGAUACUACUCCCUCUGUCUCUUAAU